GGAAGACGACCCAGUCCGUGCGGUUUUCCCUAGUUUAUUGUUGAUUUUUUCAAAGGUAUACGACCUUGUCGUGAAUGAAGAACCAUGAGGCCGAGCGUAGUGGAACGACUUGAGUCGGAUUUCGUGGAGUUGCCACCCCGACAUUGAGAUCGCGCGCGGAAGGUCGAGUCGAAGCAAAUCUCGGAGCAACGUAUCUGCCAUCAGAAUGAUCAGAAUGUCCACCCCGGUGGUGCCCAAUCGGGACAUUUCUACCGGUCAAAGAGUGAUCGCGUCCAGCUCGGGCGCCGUGGCCACAGCGUUAUUCAUGACCCCUUUCGACGUGGUGAAAGUUCGACUGCAAUCUCAACAGAAAGCUCUCCUCCACAACCGCUGUUUGACGUACUGCAAUGUUCUCGUUGAGCAAGUUUGUGUCUGUCCUGGAGGAGACCGACUCUGGCACCAGGCUCCUCUGAAAGGAACCACCGAUGCUUUGGUGAAAAUCGCGCGACACGAGGGUGUCGGUUCCCUGUGGUCCGGUUUGCCGCCAACCCUUCUCAUGGCGGUACCCGCUACUGUAAUCUACUUCGCAACAUACGAGACUAUUAAAUAUAGGAUCCAGAGGAACAAGCUAAUCGAGUCCACUGUGGGCUGCGCUGUCACGGCCGGAGCCGCGGCGCGUCUGGCUACUGUCACGGCCAUCUCCCCCCUGGAGAUGUGUCGGACGAAACUCCAGUCCCAAAAAAUGUCGUACGGACAGCUCAUCAGAGCUGUCCAGGAAAUGGUGCAAGCACGUGGCGUUCGUUCUCUAUACCUCGGCCUGUCGUCUACACUUCUGCGGGACGUGCCCUUCAGCUGUCUCUAUUGGGCUUGUUACGAGAGUUUGAAGGCCACAUUCGUUCCACCCGAUUCUGAUCCGCCUCUGAAGUUCUGCAUCAGUGCUGGAGCCAUGGGGGGUACGGUAGCAGCGAUCGUCACGCUGCCCUUUGACGUCGUCAAAACGCACAGACAAAUCGAGUUGGGAGAAAAGCUGUCACAAGCCCAUGGACGAAUCCUGAUUUCGAAUCCGCUAGCGAUGUUAGGAGACAUAUAUCAGAAGCAAGGGAUCCCAGGACUAUUCGCAGGAAUGGUCCCUCGGAUCGUUAAGACUGCGCCAGCUUGCGCUAUCAUGAUUAGUACCUACGAAAUGUUCAAAAGUUAUUUCCUCUCAAAGAGGGAGGAACUCGAUGGGUAUUAGGUCUGUCAUAGGAUAAAGAGUAUCCGAGUUUGAUCUUCGGAACUUUUACCGUAAUAAAUCCCCUAUGUUUUGUACACUGAAA